CCCGUUCAAUAACCCUAAUUCAGUCGCUAUGUCCAAGGCCAAUAUAUAUGUUCAAUAAGCUACGAUAAAACCCAUAAAGAAAGGAAACAUAGACAGAGAGAAGAGGAUAUAUAUUAUACAAUGGAGAAUAUUGACAUGAGUAGAAGAGAUGUGAUUUUAUGCAGAGGAAUAUGGGACGGCGCCGUGAGUGCCACAACAUUCUAUGCAGUGACGGUACUCAGGCAUCUCUUAUUCACCGAUCCUUCCUCCACUGGUUGCUACAAGGAUUUUACUACAAAGAAAGAGAAGAUUCCUCAAGUUGUUUUUGCGGAGCUUGCCAUAUUGGCGUUAGUGACAUCUCCGGCAAUGUAUUCCGUUUUGGUGGAUCAUGACCUUACGUUAUACAUGUCGUUAUUCACCAUCUCGUUGUUCACCGGUGGGACAGGUCUGAUUCAGCUAUCGGAUAAGUUUAGGAUGGAUAUGAAGCAUGCUUAUAUCACGCUUCUUUGCGGUUGGUUGUCUUGGCUUUUUGGCGUUUAUAUUUUUAUUUACAACCCUAGUUUGAGCGUGACUAUGAUCCUUGCUGGAGUUCACUGGAUGUUCGGCCCUUUUAUCUGUUUUUAUAAUUUUCCGUGUGAGGAAUUCUCUAUAAAUUCCAGGGUUUCCCCUCUUCCUGCUUAGUUCUCUUGCUUAAUUUUUCUUAAUGGUAUUGUAAGUCCAUAUAAAACACUCCACGUUCUGAGUUUAAUGACAU